ACAAAUUCAAAAUGACUUUUAUAAAAAUGUAACAUAACUUGAUUUAUAAUAAUAUUUAUAAGCUUUUGGUAAUUAAAAAUUUAUACUUCAUGUCAAAAGAAAUAUUUCCUUUAUGGUUGGAAGAUCUGUCCGAGAGAAUUGGAAGCUCUUGUAAAACAUCUACAAGUUCAUAUAGAAACCGAAGAGUACCAAAUACAAAAAGUGCAUGCAUUCAACCAUUUGAAUCUAACACACCAGUGGAUAGAUCUCCCACAAUAUCCUUGUCACCAACAUUAUCUCCUAGAGCAAAUGAUUUGUUUGAUUUACUCUUAAAUGAUGAUGACACAGAUGUUCGUAUACAACGAAGAGAAAAUUCUGCUCGAUAUGGACGACGUGCUAUAAUCAAUAACAGAAGUACAAGAACACCAACUACAUGCAAUGCUAAAGAAAAAACCAUUAAACCCCUUCAGAAGGCAAAUGAUCGUGUUUCUGAAGAUUUUCUCGAGCAGUCAUGGACCUCGCUCAAUUUUUUUAAUCGGAAGCAAAAAGGAAGACUCACAAGCAAACGGCAAGGUAAUAAAACUCCAACAGUUUUAGAUGGAGAACAUGAAAAUGAUUCCAUUGUUAAAAAAAAUGAUUACCAACCAAUGACACCAUUUAUAGUACCAGAACUUCCCUCUGGAUCAAUUUUAAAACUAGAUAUAACAAGUACUUGGGGUGAUCAGCAUUAUGUGGGUCUUAAUGGUAUUGAAAUUUUUAAUAGCAGAGGUCAGUUAGUCAGUAUUUUGAAGAUUUCGGCUGAUCCAGCAGACAUAAAUGUUCUACCAGAGUAUACAUCAGACCCUAGAGUAGUCAACAAUUUAAUUGAUGGUAUAAACCGUACGAGAGACGACAUGCAUUUGUGGCUUGCCCCUUUUACUCCUGGAGCUCAUCAUCAUGUUAUUUUAGAAUUUGAUGGAAUUCAAACUGUUGCAAUGAUUCGAAUUUGGAACUACAACAAAUCAAGAAUCCAUUCAUAUAGAGGUGCCAAAAAUGUUAAAAUAUAUUUAAAUUCUCAACUAAUAUUUCAAGGUGAAAUUGCUAGAGCGUCUGGUGGUAUUGUAGGAUGCACAGACGCAUUUGGUGAUACAAUUCUUUAUACUUUGGAUGAUGACGUAUUGGAAAAAAUUGCACAAAAUGAUACAUCAUUUUCCAUACUAUCGGAAACUAAUGAUACAGGUAAUGCAAUAUCAAUUGAGCCUCCUCAACGGCCUCUUACAGCGGAUACUGGUAUUAUUAGACCUUUGACGUAUGCUCAACCAAUUAUUACAAAUAUAUCUUCCAGUUCUACUACAUCCAAUGUAAAAUUGCAUUACCAAACUACUGGGUCCGUACUAUGUCAGCAAUCGUUAACUAUUAUUAUUGUCUCUACUUGGAGUUUGAUUGAUAAUCCCAAACCAAUGAACAGUUUAAAUACAGUCGGAUUACUUGGCUUAGAAGUUAUAGGAGAAACUGGUGAUACUGUUAAAAUAGACAGCAUAAAGUGCAAUGUUGAUACGUCCGAUGUAGAAAAAUUAUUAGUUUCCAAAAUUUCUGAUAGAGAUAUUGACAUGUGGACUUGUGAGUUACCUAAUGAACAUUUAACAUUAACACUUUACUUUCAAACACCUGUGCAUUUAUCAGCAUUAGUCAUAUGGAACUAUAAUGGAUCAAUAGAAAACUUAGAUUGUGGAGUGAAGGUUAUACGACUAAAAAUUGAUGAUAGAGAACUGGUUGAAAGGGGUACUGUAGAAAUUAGACGUGGUCCUGGUCAUUGUAAAUACAACUUUGGUCAGAAAAUUCCUUUACUUCCCAGUCCAAACUCUGUUCAACCUAACAAACGUUUAAUAGUUAAUCCUAAAGAACAUAUUAUAAGGAAGAGUAUCACUGACUAUGAACAUGUAACAAUUCCUGUUGGGUUUGUUUACCAAAUUGCAUUACUAUCGACUUGGGGUGAUCAAUAUUAUAUUGGACUUAACGGUAUUCAAGUAUUUGACAAAACUGGAGAAAUGAUAAAUUUAGAACCUAGAAAUGUCAAUUGCUGGCCAAAUAGUGUGAAUAUUUUACAAAGUAACAAAAACGAUAUUCGGACACCUGAAAAACUUAUAGAUGGAAUAAAUGAUACACUAGAUGGAUCACAUAUGUGGUUGGCUCCAAUAUUACCAUCAGAGGUUACUAAAGUUUACAUUGUUUUUGAUGAGCCUACUUAUGUAUCCAUGUUUAAAAUUUGGAAUUAUGCGAAAACCCCAAAUAGAGGAGUCAAAGAAUUUGCAAUACUAGUAGAUGAUUUACUAGUUUACAAUGGCAUUUUGGAAUGUUUCAAUUCAACUUCUAGUUUAAAACAAUUUUCAACAGUUAUAUUUGACACUUCUAAAGAACAAACCGAUACAAUAAUAGAUCUUCCUAGUAAUGCUAAUGAAUUAAACGGCUUGAAUCUCGAGGGCAUGCUGCUAGAUAAUGUCGUUGAUCAGUCUCAGAGACCAUUUACCUCGAUGUUGCCAUCGACAAGCUUAGUUAACUAAAUAUUACCAAAUCACCUGUCAGUACAAUAAUUAUUUUUAACGUGUUGUAAUGUUAUGUUUUUCUAAUUUAUAUUUUGGUUUUACAUUUUAAUAAUUAAGUGUAAUGAGUAGUUUAUAUUAGUCUGAACAAAAAUGUAUUCACAGUCACAAAACUAUUUACCUACUAUUCAUAUUUUUGUUUAAUGUAAUGUAAAAGUUACUUAUGACGUUUGAAAAUAGCUAACUUAUUAAUUUUAAAUAAUAAGUAGAGAAUACAAUCAUCUCUUUAUUAACAUUAGUUAUAUAAUUUGAUAAUUUAUUUUUCAAGUUUAAUGUUGACAUUUUUAUUUUGAAGGCAUUUUAUAUACAUUAGACACAAUACAUCCCUUAUAUAUACUUGAAUAAUAAUAUACUUAAGCACAUUUUUACAUGUUCUCUAUCCAUAAAAUAGUGUGUUUUAUUUAAUAUUUUAUAAAGUAUAAUUCUAAUUAAAUUUUAUAGCAUAAUUAUUAUUUUUAAGGAGAAACUAAAUGAUCUUAACUAGUCACUAACAUUAAUUUUUGUAAUGUAUAGUGCUUAAAUGAGAAUUAUCUGAAAAUUAUAUUCUUAAAACAUAUAUGACUCGUGAGGCAAAAAGGACCUCUUGUCGCAAAAAUUAAAUUGAGUUAUUGGCUAUUCGAAAUUCUGAACAUUUUGGAAUCAGAAUCGUUUUCCUAUCUUGAAAAUUGGCUGAGCUAUAUUUGUUUGAAUUUAUCUUUCAGAAAAUGGGUGUAUUGUGAACAAAUGCUUUAAAAUUUUUAAAUGUUACCAACUUUAUUUUACAUACUUAAGUAAUGAAACUUUGCUAAAAAUUAAAAUAAAGUGCCCUUAAGUAUAACAUAUUUUUUUUCUUAAAUUUGUUUCUGACCCUGAUCGAUGGCCCUCUCCUUCGCUUUUUGUAACAAGAGGUCCCUUUUCCCUUUACACCUCACAUAUGUUGAGACCAAGGUCUAGAUGGAAAUUAUUGCUACCAAACGAAUCCAAGAAUAAAUUUACAAGAAAUUUGAUUGCAUUGAUUGUUUUUUUUUUUUUUGCUCGGUACAAUUCAGUGUACAAAAUUCACGUUGGCCUUAAGUCUAAAAAGCCUAAAUAUAUAUUUAAUGUUGAUAUUUUUUUAAAGAUAUUAACUAUAAAGUUUAGAUUAACUAUGAAUGCUAGUACAUUUAAUA